GCCGUUGGUCACGUGAGAAAAUGCGGAAGUAAAGCCACUACGCACCGUUAGCCUUUAUUUGAUGCUGUGAUUAUACUCUAUAUUUAUACUAUUAAUCCUGGAAAACAUCCAACGACUCCUGUAAAAUAAUGGACGCUUCUACUAGAACAUCGCUCAACGCUGCGACAGCACCAGCGCCAGAGUUCAGGGGGAAUGAGAGCUCUCUGGUGUCUGCCCUGAAGACUCUCCUGUUCUUCACCUUCCUCAUGGUCACCCUACCCAUAGGAUUAUACUUUGCUUCAAAGGCGUACGUUUUUGAGGGUACUAUGAAGAUGUCCAGUUCUGACAGCUACUUCUACGCUGCCAUCGUUGCGGUGCUUGCAGUCCACGUGGUUUUGGCUCUGUUUGUUUAUGUGGCCUGGAAUGAAGGCAGCCCCCCCAAAGGAAAAGGCAAACACGACUAAAGGUCUCUCCAGCUGCAAUAUUCCCAAGGGAUGGCCGAGGGCCAUAGAUACAAGGCCCUCGCUAGGCUACAGUCAUCAGCCCCAGCCAUUGCACUGUUUAUCAGCCCCGAUGGUGUGGAAUAUCUGGUUGACUCUUGGAGUUUAACGUGCACUGUCAUUUUUCCAAGAAGGGUGGGAAAGGUUAUUGUGGUGUGUGUCUUUCCCAGAAAUGGCUAUCCCAGUCCAUCAAUGUUUGCCAUUGUGUUUAUUCAAAAUGCAAUGGUGAUUCUCGUUGAAAAGAUCUCGUUUUUAUACUUGUUUUUGGUGGUUGCAAUGUACAACCUUUAGCUUAAUGCUAGAGUACUGUUGAAGUAGAUUCCCUUGGAACUGGUCUACCUGUCGUUCAGCUUUAGUUUGUCGUCUUCCAUGUUUUGUCAUUAAAUUAUCCUAAUUAUUUCUUUUUCUUUUUGGCUGAGGUUUUCAAGUGGUUUCUGGAGUGUAACGUGGUUGUUGAAUGUUGAAAUGUUUGAGAUAUGAUUAAAACAUUAAAAUUAUGUUUUGUAAAUGUCCUGUUUGUUAUUUAUUGACUGGUAUAUGUAUGCACAGUUGAUGUGAAUUGGAUCUAUUUUGCAUAAAAUAAAGACGCAAAGCCAUCUAAUGUUAAA